CAAGGAUUGAGCUCACAACCCUGAGUUUAGCAGGCCAAUGCUCAAACCCCUGAGCUACCCCUCCCCCCAAUCCAUUUCAAAAUGAACCUUAGUACAGUGCAAAUAUUUGUAUGUUACCUACUGUGCAGAUCCAGCAGACAGUUCUCAAGCUGAGUUCUGACCAAGCGCUUGUAAGUCACAAGGCAAUCCUUAGCAUGAACACGACUCCGAGUCCUGGAGGGUGAUAGAAUUGUAGUGAAUAGACUGGAAAUCCUAAAAGGGCUUCCUUUGUAGGCACGCAGCCCUCAAAGUCCAACACCUCUGGACCAUGCUGGGCCCGUGCUGUCGCCUUUCCCACUGGGGAGUGCUCAUGUGAAAUCAGGCGGUUCUGUGAAUCUCUUCACUCUCCCUCUUGCAUCUUCAUCUUGCUCUUUUCUGCCUGUCUGGUAGAUUGCCGGCUCCUUGGGCAGAACUGUGUCUUGUGAAGGGCUUGGCUAAAUACGUGGACUCCACUUUACCAGUACAAAGAUGCAGAUACCGGGGUGACUUGGUCCCACAUAGGCAGGGGUAUAAACUAUAGCAGUCAAAGGCACCGUUACCUGGUAUAACUGUUUCACUGGGUGGGGAGGGAUUUUUUUUAUCAGAAAUAGUUAAAACUAUCGACCAGGCUAGAAUUGUCUAUAAAGCUCCGGCAACCUGUGACACUCUAGAAAAAAUAACCCCGCGCCGUUGGUUGGCUGCAGACGCCUCCCACACUUCUGCGGUAGCGUGUGUUCCUGUGUCCCAGACGGGACAUGUGAUGGGCCAAGCCGCUCCGCUCGCUGCUGGCAUCAGCGUUCCGGGAAGCAGCCGUGCUGCGUUUUAUUCCCGCGCAGGGUUGCUGAGGAAGGGCCGAGGCUCUGGAAUCGCGCACGCUUCGUCUGAGCCUGGCGUUGCGAUGAAGGCACGGAGGGCGCAGCCUGCUCGCCGGUGGUGUGGUCGCACUGCCGUAGGCAGUCGUGGCAGGCGGCCGACGCUGUACAGCCCAGACGGUUGCUGUCCUGGGCAGCACGGAAAGUGCUGCCACGUGCUGUGUGUGGUGGUGCUGCUGCUCCCAGUCAGAUCCCUGGUGAGACUGUACCUCUACGGCCUGACGCUGCUGCUGCUCUUCGUGGGGCACCAGACGGCCAGGGACUACAUGCGCCAUGAGAUGGAGGAUGAGUUCCAGGGGGCUGUGUACCAGGACCCUGUGGUGCUCAGACGCUUCGUGACCGCCCUGACAGGCCAGAUCUUUGUGAGCGUGCUCUGCGCCCUCCUGAUGAAGACCAGGCAGGUGUGGCUGUUCUGUGCCCCGCUGCUCCCGCUGCUGGCCCGGCUCUGCGGCCUCCCCCUCCAGGCGCUUCCCGUGGUCAACACCUUCGCCGCCUCCGUCACUGUGGUGGAGGUGCUGUACGUGGCCGCCUCCCACCUGCUGGUUCCCUUCCACCUGGCCGCUGUGGCGUGCAGGGAGGUGGCUCAGGGACUGGAGAUGUACAGGCUGGUGGCGCUGGGCAUGUCCCUCUGGAGCCAGCUGGCCGUCCCGGUGCUCUUCCUUGUCUUCUGGCUGGUGCUCUUCACCCUCCAGAUCUACUCUUUCCUGGCCUCUUCCAACAGCCUCCUCGCCCAGCAGGGGCUGCUCUUCAUCUUCCUCAGCAGCGUGGCGGAGUGCUGCGGCACGCCCUACUCCCUCCUCGGCUUGACCUUCACCGUCUCCUACCUCGCCCUGGCCGUGCUCAACCUCUGCAAGUUCUACCUGCUGGGCUACGACGCCUUCCAGAACGGCAACGUCAUGCACAGGGGUGUGACGGAGGGCGUGACGCUGCUGCUGCUGGCUCUCCAGACGGGGCUGCUGGACCUGCAGAUCCUGCAGAGAACCUUCCUCCUCAGCAUCAUCCUCUUCAUCGUGGUGACGUCGACCCUGCAGUCCAUGAUCGAGAUAGCCGACCCCAUCGUGCUGGCGCUGGGGGCUUCGCAGAACAGGAGCCCGUGGAAGCACUUCCGCAGCCUCAGCCUCUGCCUCUUCCUGCUGGUUUUCCCCUGCUUCAUGGCGUACAAGAUCGCUCGCUUCUUCCACAUGGACUUCUGGCUGCUGAUCCUGGUCUCCAGCUGCAUGCUCACCUCCCUGCAGGUGAUGGGCACCCUCUUCGUCUACGCGCUCUUCAUGAUCGAGCUGCUCCAGGAUGCGCCCCUGGAGAAGACGGACGAGAUCAUUUACUACGUCAACGCGGUGAGCCGGGUGCUGGAGUUCCUGGUGGCCGUCUGUGUGGUGGCCUACGGCACCUGGGAGUCCAUCUUCGGCGAGUGGAGCUGGAUGGGCGCCUCCGUCAUCAUCAUCCACUCCUACUUCAACGUGUGGCUGCGGGCCCAGUCGGGCUGGAAGAGCUUCCUGCUCCGCAGGGAGGCCGCCAAGAAGAUCAACUCGCUGCCCAGGGCCACCAGGGGGCAGCUGCGGGACCACAACGACGUGUGCGCCAUCUGCUUCCAGGAGAUGAACGUGGCCGUGAUCACCGACUGUGGCCACUUCUUCCACACGGGCUGCCUCCGCAAGUGGCUGUACGUGCAGGACACCUGCCCCAUGUGCCACCAGCCGGUGAAGCCCUCGGCCACCGAGGGGCCGCAGCCAAUCGGGGGAGAGCAGGCGGAGCCAGAGCCCGUCCCAGAGGAGGGGCCGCCUGAGGAUGCAGCUGCCGAGGCUGCGGGAAGGGCAAGGACCCCGGGCCCCAGCAGGGCCGCUGAGGGCGGGGAGCCCAGCUGGCAGCAGCAGGAGAACCCAGCACUGGCAGCGCCCAGCAGGGCCGCUGAGGGCGGGGAGCCCAGCUGGCAGCAGCAGGAGAACCCAGCACUGGCAGAGCCCAGCAGGGCCGGGCUGCUCCCAGAAGCUGUGUGCAGCAGAGAGGACGAGCCCAUGGACCCAGCUGGGAGCAGGACUCCCCCGCCAGUGUCUCGGGGCUGCACUCCAUAGCUGCGUGCCAGUCUGGGGCGCACAGCCCUCCUCAGGAACGAGGAGCAGGCUCCUUGGGGAGCCCCAGCCCGGCGCCCAGGUGGAAGCACGGAGUGGGGCAGAGAACGUGGAAUGGGGCAGGAGCCGGGGCCGGCACGGGCUCUGAUGGCAGCCACUGCCCCUGUUAGUGUUCAGCCUGCAGCGCCGGCCCCCCAUCCCCAGAGCCUGGGCUGGGGCAUCCCUGCCACCCGAGUGCUCAGCGAGUCGGUGCCAGCAGAGGCGGCGUGACGGCCGCUGCCAGGCUGGGAAGUGUAACUGCCCCUGCGCUGCCCUGGAACACGCCCACUUAGCCCCACGGGACGGGCCUGAGUCUGCAGACUUGCUUCAGCUCCGGAGCCCCCAGUGCAGUGCCCACCCCGUGCGCAGCGCUGGGGGGGAGGCAGCAGGGCCCAGCCCACCCCUGCUCCGGCUGCACGGAAACAACCGGGAGGCACUUGGCUGGCUCGUGCUCCGUUACGGACGGGCACCACCGGGCUGGGCUGCCCACGGUUACAGAAAGGGGGUGUUGCCGCUGGCUCCCUAGUCACUCGGCGGCUGCUGCUAAGCUGGGUGCCAGAUCUGUGUGGGCUCGGCCCCAGCGCCGGGGCUCUCAGCCAGAAGGCAGCUGGGCGCACCCGCCCUUCCCUUCCCCCUGCCGAAGUGGGAGAGGCCGAGACGCACUGGCCUGAUGGCUCUGGGGUGACGGGGGCGUCCUGCAGCUGCUUGGGACCAUGUGCAGGAAGGGGGAGGGAACCCAUCUGGGUGGGCCCUGUGCUCUCCAGGCCGGGCCUGUCUGCUCGGGCAGGGCCGGAGGGGCCUGCUGCACCACCGGUAUGACAAGGCUCCUGGCGGGACCUCGGCCCAUCCCAGGACUGGACCCUGGACAGGGCAAAGUGCCCGUUCCCUCUGCUGGUUCAGCCUGCAGCACCCCGCAGAGCCUCUCCCUGUACCAGGCCAGUUCUGCUCUGAGAGGAGUUCGCCCUGGCGGGAGGGGCCAGGCUGCUGCUGUGACACAAGGACACACAACUAUGCACUCAGCAGCCAUGGCUCACCCCAGAGGUGGCUGCAUACCAGUGGUGGGCAAAGCAAGGCCAGGCCGGGAAGUCUUCCCCCAUUCUGUACUCUGCCGUCUGUGAAAUAUUUAUCCACCACAGGUCCCAUGCAAGGCCCCAAGGGAAUGUGACGAAACUUGAACAGAAACCCCCUUUCGUUUUUAAAGCCUCAGGGAUUAGUAAUUCCAAGGAAGCUGUGGCUUCUCCCGGAGACGGACGGGCCUUCGCACAGCUAGGCGGGGCAGGUCUGCGCGGCGUGUCGGAUCCGCUUGGAGCGAGGUGUUCGAUCACCGUCAGCUCUCUCUUCCCUUUGGAAGGGACCCGUCCAGCCUCAUUCGUGGUACCUUUGGCCGAUCAAAGCGCCUGGAAUUUGCAGAUUCCCAUUAAAGCUGUCGUGCUGCGUGGGCCGUUUGCACUCGGACCGGCGACCAGCACAGGGUGGCUACGAAAGUGCCAUUAAAAACACAGGGAACGUUUGUGUGGAUCGUCACUUACUGUGAACUGGGGGGGCCCUGCUCCGCUGCGUGGGUAACCCUGAGCCAAAGGGAAUGGCUGCAGCCUAAACAGGCACCUGCCCUCAUAAACCAGGGGCCAGGACUGCCUGGUGCCGGUAACCUGCUCCGGCACCGCUGGUCUCGCCAGGUCCCCUCCUCUUCUCAGCUCUUCCGU